AUGGUUCAACUCACUCAAAUCAUAACUGGCCUCGUCUUGGUCCUCGGAGCGCAAGCUGCCGCUACGCCCGCCACACUGCAGAAGCGCGACACUGUUAGUCUCGGCGUCUUCCACGACGGAGGCUGUGCUGGCAGUUAUACCAACAAUUUUGACGUCUCCUCUGGCCGGUGCCAAGACUUUUCGGGAAAUGUCUACGGGGCAUUAUUCGCAAACAGAGGCGGGAACGUCUGCAAGCUCAAGUUCUGGGCAAAUGCCGGGUGCAGUGGAAAGGCGACGGUCAGCACGGUCAACUCAUACGAAGACCAUUCUUGCGUUCCUGUUGCCAACAAGGACGGACAGUUCUACUUGACCGAUGGAGCACGGUCUGUGUACAUCACUUGCUGA